AGACCCAACUCUCUUCUCUUUAUUGGCACUAAGUAGUCAAAGAAGGGACAACUAGCAAGAGAUAAGUCAUUUCGAGAUUUCUCAGCCAUUCUGAAAAUUCUCAUUACUUGUUUGUUACCAUUUGUGGUCAAAUACCAAAUUGUGGACAAAUGAUAUUAAUUUUGCGGCUAACGCUUCUGAUAACUUAAAUUGUACUCUACCGUAACCCUUAGACGCAUUAUAACCUUUCAUUUUAAUUGUACCGGGUAUUACGUUCCUUGUAGUGGUUAGUAAGCCCGUUAAAACCCAAGCCAAAGAAAAGAAGUUUGCUGACUCGUUAGGAGGCAACUUCCACUACAGAUCAAGGAGUGCUCCGAGGUAUUUUAUUUUGCUUCCACUUGAAAAUCUGUCCUUUCUUUAGGUGUCAUUAUUUGAUAUGAAAACGCCAGCCCUCAAGGUCAGGUUCAAAAUUAGACUUAAACUCAAAAUUUUACUCUUCAUCAUUUUAGAAUGACAUUGCAAAUGUCAAAUUAUAGAAUGGAACGACUAAAUAUACGUCGUCCUUUGAUAGCUUUUCAUUAGCUUUUAUGUGAUUUUGGGAUAAUGCGGGCAAGUACAUUUUCAUCCUUGGAACUGGUGUUCUCCAACAAGAAACUGGACAGGUGAUUUACAGUGAUGGGAUCAAACAAAUUUUCAAAAUCAGGAUCGCCAGAAAGCUCGGAAACCCAAAGCACCGCCGUUUCCAACGUAACCUAAAAGGUUAGGUUUGACCAAAAAGGUAAUCCUGGUUUGAUAGAGGAAAAAUCAGGGUUACCUUUUGUGACUAACUAACAGGUUUCCGAUAUUCACCCAGUAAAGCCAUAUGCCACUAAAAGUGUAAAUUGGUAGCCCUAGCCGCAACCUCCGGUGAUUAUUUGUUUGAUCCCAUCAGUAGUGAUUUAGUAGUGAAAGUUGUUAUAUUUCAGAGGUUUUGCGCAAGGUUGAAUGUUUCGGAAGAAAUGAAAAAUAACAAAAAUAGCAAAACAAUUUGUUUCUUACAAGAUUCCGAGCCAUAUCUUUCAACCUUAUUCCUUUUCUGAAUCUUAGUCGGGGUUAAUAUAGCAUCAACACCACCAAAAUUGUUCUAUUGAUUUAGAAAAGUGUGCUGUACAUAUCGACCGUCGGAUAAAAUGGCUUGUGCAAAAUGUGAAAAGUUCUACGUUGUAUUUGAGAAAGACUUAGAACUCGAUUUUGAACAAUUUCUGCUAUUUUGGGGCAAAAAAUAAUUUUUCGCGAUUUUUAACCAUAAAAUAACCUAAAACAAAGGAUUUUGGGGGAAAUUGAAGGGGUUUCGACAUGAAUUGGUAAAAUGUACAAGAGCUGUCUUCCAAAUGAUGUUUUUCAGGGAUUAUUUUUCCCUGAACCACUGAAGGAUGAAAAAAAUUGAAUGUAUCUUGCUUCACUAUGGUUCCAGGUUUUAGUGAGUUUCUAUAUUUUGACCAUCUCUUCCCAGAAAUGAAUGUGUUGGUUGGCAUUGAAAAAUUCUCACUCAAAGAUUAUAUUCAAUUUACAAACUAUUCGUUUGAUUUGUCUUGGACCAUGAUUUCAGGAUGCUUCAAAAUAUGAACCUCAUUUAGAAGUCGUACUAGAGAUGAGUCUGCUUUGUAAUUCGAUUUUUCGUUGAUUUCAAGACAAGCCUAUAACUCUCAAUCCACAGAGCAAGAAGUUCACAAAAAACAAUAAUAAAGCAAUUUUUGCCUGGAAAAACAAAAUAUUUGAAUAAUCAAUCAGAUUACAACCGCUUUUCAUCUUUCUAUUACGUAUUUUUGUUGUUUUCGGAACUUUGGUGGUAUGGUUGAUUUUCAAAACGAAAAACUAAACUCUUUUGACGAAAUUCAUCAACUAUUUUCCGACCCCUUUUCAUAAGUAUCAAAGCCAUUGCUAUGCAUGAAACAAUUGAAUGUGGUUACCUUUUUUUUCACGGCUGACGAUAUCUUCAAAAGUCCAAGAAAAUACCAUGAUUGAAUUGUCUUCCUUGUUACGGAUUGCUAGAGUCAAAAAAUAAUCCUUACCAACGAUACAUAUGUAAACCAUUGGAGAUUUACACCCCAUCAAAGGGGCGCCAACUUAGAUUCGAUCACGUAUGAGUUAAAACCAGCAACAUGAUAAGAGCUUUUGGUUUUUCUAUCCGAGAUAUUACUACUAUUUGAAGAGGUGGAGAAGAGACUACCGUAUGUACGGUAAAGGCAAAAGAGCUUAGAGUUAGGGUUUUGCACCUAUGUUUCAAUAAGACUUUCCGAUCCUGACAAGUGAAGUAAUCAACUACUUCGAACCGAAGAAAUUGAUUGAUAGGUUACCAAAAUAAUCGACAACUAUCUUAAUCCUGGUACUCGUUCUUCUUUUGGCUCGGAUCACCUGUGAAACCCAUAACGUGAGAGAGAGAGAGAAAGAAAGAAAAGGAGAGUUGGUUGAGAUGACGCCGAGAAGUGAUUGACGUUAAUCAAUCUCUUGGGACUGGGAUUAAAAUACUGAACAACCCACGGAGAAAUGUUUGUCCCCAAAUUGACCUUAGUCUUUGGACAACCAUUGUUCAGUGAACAUUCUCAAUUUCAAGUUUGUAAGAUCCCCGCAAACAUGCUAAAAGCCACUCUUUCCCUUCGUGGAACGUUAUUCCAUGGACCACCGCGUGCUUCUUUUUGCCGGUCCAACCACAUCAUCUACAUGAAAGUAUUGGAUGGGACCACCAUGGAAGAAGCCAAGAUUCCACCCACGUCGCACAUUCAUCGGCACAAUCAGGCCAGCCACCACCGGAUGGGACCCCUGUUCCGGCAAUACUUCAGCUACUGCUCCGAGGGUCUGUGGGUCGGGUGCAAGGAUCUAGUUCGGGAAGUGUCCCACGCUCCCCAUAUCACUCCAAUGUGUAUUUACCCCGUGAUGUGGCGGCUCUUUGAAGAGAAAUCCGGGGUCAAGAGAGGACUGUCCAUGAAUGACCUCGACGCUUGGCACUCGAAUGAAGCGGCCUUGAAGAGUUUGGUGAUCAAUCCAACGGGUCUGAACCAUCCAAUGCAUCCUCUGAUAUCUGCUCAGCGAUUAACGGACAAGUGGAAAUCGCGUAAUGGUUCCUUCACGCCUCAUUUCGAUCUGGAAAUCUGGGCCAUCGAAAGCUCUCUGACCUACCUCUUUGGCGAUUCCAUCGACCUCUUUGACACGCAAUUGUAUCAUUACUGUUUGAAGCAAAUGAAGAAGAAUAUUGUGGCCCUUAAUCUGUCGUUUUGCCCGGAAGAAGCUGCAUUGGAGAGCAGCAUUUGGGAAGGCUUCAAAGAGGCCGGAGUUCAGGCCCUCAGAAUGGGCCGAGAAUUCUCUGCAGCGACGAGAGAAAGUGGAGGAUCCGGAUUAGUUCAUCAAAUGAGAGCCUCGGGUCUCUGGAGCGAAGACGAUUUGAACAGCCUCUUGGCUGAUGUUUUGAUGAAUUCUUCAGUGAACUUGAUGAAAACCGCCAUGUGGAUAGUUCAUGUGAUGUCCUCAAGUACAUCCAUUGCCGAGCAUCUGGCCAAGAACUCCAAUGACAUCGGAUAUAUUCGAUUGUUACUCAACGAAACCUUUCGCUUCUUCCCUGUCACUCCGUAUUUGACUAAAAUGAACACGGAAGUCCUCAAACUUGGCGGAUGGGAGAUCCCCAAAGGCCACCUAAUGAUCAUGUCCUAUUUCACUUUAGCCCAGGAAGAAUUUUUCUGGCAGAGUGAUAAAUAUUUCUGGCCUGAACGGUGGGAUCAUUGCUACGAUCGUGAUGUCAAUUGGCGGUUUUCUUACUCGACUCUCCCCAUUGGGUUCAAGAUCAACGAUUGUGCCUUCUUGAAAAUGACCGAGGAGCAAUUGAUCCCCUUGGUGCAAGUUCUUGCGUCGAAUUUGUCCCUCGAGCAAUCCAAUAUGACCAAAUAUCCGGACACUAAACGUGCCAUGGAUCUCUCCGGAUUGCCAAGUCAACCUCUUGUCAUUCAAACAAAUCUUCGACAAGCGAACAUGAGAUUGCAUUCCAUGUUAUAAUUUGAUUCCGAGCACAUUCAGGUCAUCCCGUUCAUACCAACAACUGAUGUCCACAGGUGCAUUCUUUUGUGCCAAUUUGAUCAAAAAAAAAACCACGCUUUAUGCUUCCUUCCAACUUCCUCCAAUAUUGCAAGGGCACUUCUUGGCGUUGUGAGGAGUUUUCUAGCCCCUCUUUCUCCAAUGAAAAGAGAGAAUAAAUUUUUGAAAACGUGACUUCCUCUGAUUUCAUUUCCA